AUGAGCGAAAAGCCUCCUACUGGGCCUCCCAAUGCGUGGGAGGAGGACUGGGAGCAACAGGCUGAUAAAUUAGCCGUUGAACCAGCCCCGCCCCCGGAGAAGAAAGUGUCUUCAAAAGUCACCAAGGCGCAGCGCAGAGCUCAACAGGCGGAAUUCAACAGGCAACUAUGGGCGGAAGCUGAAUCUCCCCAGACAUUCCACUUCCUGGAGGCUCGCUCCGACGUCCCUCUGAAGCAGGAUUUCAAGCCGGCAGUCACCGUCCUCAGUCGCACGCCCCAAUUGAUGACGCGCCAGUCAUCGUCUGGCGGAAUUGAUGCGACGACAGCGGGCCUCAGUCGCCUUGGUCUGAACAAUGACGGUCUAGACGAUUCAGACGAUGAUCAAAGGUCAUCCGAACCUACCCCGGAAGAACGGCACGCCAUUGCUCUGAAGAAUUUGGAAGAAAGGCAACGAAAGUAUGAGGAAGCGCGGGAGAGGCUCUUUGGAAGUCCCUCUGCAACUACCUCGGGCGCAUCUUCACCGCGGAGUUCGACUCCACCGAAGCAGUUCGAGGGCAGAGGCAAAGGCAAAAGUCGGGGUAACGGCAGAGACAACAACAGGGACAAGAGAGAAUCAUCCGCGUCUUCAGGAAAGUCGAGGCAACUAUACGACCCGGGAUACUCUGCGCGGCCAAACUCAUCCUACCUGCAGAAGGAGAGACAGCCGACCGGCGACCGAAGCUCGAUUGAUCAGCCACAAUCUCCACGUCAGCCACUUCGCAACCCACGAGGUCCAGAUAGCAGUGGAAGAGGCGGCUUCCGGGCAGGCUACAGAGGUGCAAGGGCAACAUGA